AUGCAUUAUAAUGACCAGGCAACUGUAAAUGGAGCCAGCGGGCUUGGCUUUCUAAGACAGUCGCACGCCAAAACGUCUGCAUCCUUCUCGUCUAUAUCCACUCACACCGCGCACGAUAUCUCUACUUCGCGUAAUACCCAUACCGCUUUACCUACGUUGCGUCGUGCUCGUGCAGGUACUAUGCCAUCAUUUGCUCACUUUUCUGAAAGCGAUGCAGCGCAAAGUAUGCAUUCGCCUUUCUUGUUGACGUCUACCACGGUGGAAUCGUCAUCUGGCAACCGACAUCGUUCAGGAUCCCUCAAUUUCCCACCGCCCAACCUUCAGUUGGCUUUUGACAGUUCCACUUACAGUGCUUCUUGGAAUAACCGGUCCGAAACCUUAACUUCGACGGCCACCCCCGAACAGUUGCUGCAAAGUGAGAACGAUUUUUCCAUUGCACGCACGCUUCGAUCGCUGGGUCUAGAAGACGAUGAUCGGACUACAGUCGGACAAUCAUCGGAGACCCCAUUGUUCCAUCCUCAAGCACCUCCCGAAUUUCAUUUGCCCAGUCGUUCACUCCUCUCCAAUAGUCGGAGUCGGUCCUACAGUGUUAAUGCCGCUGCAAAAUAUCAGCAAGAACAGCAGCAGCAACAGCAGCAGCAGCAGCAGCAGCAAGCAGCUUCCCUCGACGCUUCUCGAUCCCGCGCAAGUUCCGUUUCCAAAGUCUUUGCCAGUCCUCUCGAUGGUUUCCGUCAACAGAAUAGGCCUAGAUCCUCUAGUUUAGGCAGAAUGGAAAGUGCGCGUGGUCCCAUGCCUCCCUCAGGAUUGUGGCAGAUGCAAACAUUGAUACCCCUGAAAAACGAUAAUUUUGACUAUCAGGAGCGCAAAUCACCUCCAUCAGAACUACCACUCUCGUUGGGUGAUUCCGAAUUAUUGGCUAAUAUGAUGCAAAAUUCCGCCUACGCCGAUUCCUGUUCCAACGACGCACCGGAUCAACCUAUCACCAACGGCUCGAUAUCGGCAGCUGAGCCUUACAUGCAUUACAGUCAAUCGACACCUACCUUUCGCGAACACCCUGUUUCCAUGGCAGCUUCUACAAGCACACUAGCUCAAGCUGCAACACGUUCCCUUUGGAUCGGUAAUACUGACAUGUCCGUUACGGUGGAAGUGCUUACGCAAGUAUUUUCAAUGUUCGGUCCUAUUGAAAGUGUUCGCCUCCUGCUUGAAAAAGAAUGUGCCUUUGUCAACUUUUUCCACGUCGAAGAUGCUAUACGCGCCAAAGAAGAAGUCCUUGGACGCAUGGGUGGCAGAGUCGGUAACAGCAUCGUUCGUAUCGGUUUUGGUAAAGCCGAUGCGGCGGUCCCGGAAACAAACACCCUUCAACCUACCCGCGCUCUCUGGCUAGGUAAUAUUCCAAGUUCUAUGACAGCGGUGACGCUUCAGCGGAUUUUCUCCACCUUUGGUAGCAUUGAAUCUGUGCGUGUUUUGUCUCAUAAGAGCUGCGGUUUUGUCAAUUUCGAAACGGUGGAGAGUGCCGUGGAAGCGAGGGAUGCACUUUUCCAAAACAAGAUUGCCGCUCAAGGAUUUACCAACGUACGUGUGGGAUUUGCCAAAGUGCCUCCUGCCAAAACGGGUACAAGCGAGAAUGGCUCCAAAUCACGGUCCGUGUCAGAUAAAGAAUCGGUCGAAAACGAUGAAAUGUCCCGGUUGAACGAUCUGUGGAACAUUAUGGUGGCACUGGGCGCUGAUGAAGAAGCAACAACCUAUGUUGACGCUCUGCUGAACACUUCCAGUUACUUUGAGUCGAUUCCGCCGGUUCCUGAAAUGGGCACCAACCGCAAGUUUGACGCAGGCCGUCUGCGAGAAAUCCGUAAGAAGCUCGAUACCCUCAACCAAGGCAGCAAAGAAGUGGAUGCCAUUGCACAAGAUUGUAUGGUGGAAAUUGCUCAGCUUAGCAGUGAUUAUAUUGGAAAUACAGUCGUUCAACGAUUAUUCGAAAAAUGUACAGAGGACGUCAAAACUAGUAUGCUGGAACGUAUUGCGCCCCACUUGGCCGCCAUCGGUAUCCACAAAAACGGUACUUGGGCAGCUCAAAAAAUCAUCGAUACCAUUAAAAUGCCUGCACAAUUCAAACUCGUGAGCAAAUAUCUCAAGCCUUACGUUCCUCCCCUCCUACUUGAUCAGUUUGGUAAUUACGUGGUACAAUGCUGCUUACGACUUGGAGAAAAAUACAAUCAAUUCGUGUUCGAUGCUAUGGUUGAAAAACUGCUCAGUAUUGCUCAUGGACGAUUUGGUGCACGAGCAAUGCGCGGUACACUUGAGAGUCAGUUUGUGACGCGACACCAACAGCAAUAUGUAGCUGCUGCUCUUAUUCAAAACUCGGUGUCUUUGGCCGUUAAUGCGAAUGGUGCAUUGCUUCUAUCUUGGCUUAUGGAGAGCUCUGACCUUCCGAAUCGAUUACGUCUAAUUGCCGAAAGAUGUAUUCCUCAUUUGGUGCAAUUGUGCACGCACAAACUGGGAUCCCAAAUGUUGCUGAAGCUCCUGGCCCAAAACGAAGACGAAGAAGCCAAGCAAAUGAUCCUCAACAAUUUAAUGGAUGAAAAGACGUUGUACGAAAUUUUGUCGGAUCAAGUCCGCGGUGUCACCAUGAUACAAAAAGUGAUCAAUACUCCUUCUCUUUCGUCCACCCAGCAACGAGCGCUUGGCGAGAUAACCUGUCACACUCUUGGCAAUCUUAGCGGUCCAGGUCACAAGAAAUUGUUGAAUGAUUUACUUGAAAAACCAUCAUCCGCAUCACCGUAUCAAAACGCUAAACAGUCGCAGUAA